AUGAGAUAUACAAACAAUGAUAUUCUUCAAAAUAGUUUUUUGUUCCUGAAGCCCACAAUCAUAUCCUCCAAACUUUUAUUUAAUGGUCUUUUGACUGUCGGCCGUAAAAGGAAAAAACAUUAGAAAAGCUAAGCUUUAGAAAAGUUUGGUGCAUUCAACUGGAUUCUUAGCCGUUCGAAAAAAAGGAAAAAGAAUCUGCCAAAUUUUGAUGGUAAGAAAAGAUAGAGGACAUUUACUUGCAGCAUUCGAAGCCAAUUAUCAAAUUCAUGUUUCAAAAAGGAAUAAGAAUACAUGUGGGUAUCCCUGAAAGCUAAAAACUAAUGGAUAUUCUUAUACGACGAGAGUGAAAACUCCCAACAAGAACAGAUUUCCCAAUCCACUGGGAAAAAUGUCCUCAAUGUUGGGAGGUGCAAAGUUGGGCGCCCUUCAAAUGAUUGAUAAAGCACGCAUUUCCUCCUUGCCUGUACUAUCAUCUUGUGGGCUUUACCGUAUACGGGGAUUUUCAAGAGCAAUGUCAGGAACAGUCUCAUCAUACUUGCCUGAAUUUGUUUCGGUGGAUGAUAAAAUUUGGGCUGUCAAAAACAUUUCAGAGGGUUCUAUCAUUCGCAUUGCUUCAUACAACAUUCUUGCUCAGGCAUACAUAAGGAGCACAUUAUUUCCACAUUCUCCAGCACAUUGCCUCAAAUGGAAGGCUCGUUCACAGUCCGUUUUAGCAUUACUAAAAAGUUUGGAGGCUGAUUUCCUCUGUUUGCAGGAAUUGGAUGAGUUUGAAACAUUUUACAAAGGAAAUAUGGAUAAGCAUGGGUAUUCAUCUGUGUAUAUCCAACGAAGUGGACGCAAGCGUGAUGGCUGUGGCAUUUUUUACAAGCGUGAACGAGCAGAGCUACUGUUAGAAGAAGUCAUUCAAUACAAUGACCUUGUUCCUGUUGAUGAAGUUCCAGCAGAGUCAUAUGAGGUGGAGGAGAAGGAAACAUCAAAUCCUGAAAACUGCAGAGAUUCUUCACCAACUAAAACAUCAGGAUCUCAACAAACGAAUUUGCUUGAUGAUAGAGGAGAUCCAGAUGAUCCUAAGGUGAGAUUGAAGCGGGAUUGUGUUGGAUUAUUAACAGCAUUCAAACUUCUCGAGCCUCCUCACCAUGUGAUUGUAGUUGCAAACACACAUAUUUACUGGGAUCCGGAAUGGGUGGAUGUAAAACUUGCCCAAGUAAAGUAUCUUCUCUUGCAGCUUGCAAACUUCAAAGACACAAUCUCAACAAAAUUUGACUGUAGGCCUCUGGUAUUUGUUACAGGGGACUUCAAUUCUACUCCAGGAGAUGAGGUGUACCAGUACCUCAUAUCAGGUAUUUCACAGUAUGAUAAUGGUUAUUCUUACAAAACUAAUACAAAAGAAGCAUCUAGUGGAAGUCCUAUAGCACUACACAGUCUCUAUGCAUAUAUAGGAGGAGAGCCCCCGUUUACAAAUUACACACCUGGUUUCACUGGGACACUUGAUUAUAUUUUGUUCUCAAGUCCUAAUCAUGUGCAACCUAUCAGAGUUCUCAAAUUGCCAUCUGAUGAAUCGCCUGACAUACAAGGUGGAUUACCAAAUGAAAAUCAUCCCAGUGAUCACUUGCCCAUUGGGGCAGAUUUUGAAAUUCACUGAGACAAGAUUAAUAAACAGCGAACUUUUCUUGCUUGAUGUUGCUCAUUACUGCUUUCUUCCUUUUAUAGACAAUAUAUAUAUAUAUAUUUUGUCCAAC